AUAAGUGAGCUAGUUACGUGUUAAUUGGCAACGGAGUUGGGUGGCCACCCACUCGGCUGACAUAUAACCACAACUGGAGAUACUUGCAUGCAUCGCCUCUCCAGCUCUCUCUUUAACUCUUAGCGUUUCCUCUCACACACCAUACAUACACAUUGCUGUCUACGUACGUAGGGUUUUCAAGAGAGAUUCUCAAGGAAGAUAUGGCGUCGUGGGAGAAGAUGUGCAGCACCAUUCAUGGGUUGAAGCCUACCCUAAUCAUGGUCUUGGUUCAGACCCUAUUAUCCCUCGUCAAUAUCGGCUAUAAAUUGGCUGCCAACGACGGCAUGACCCUCUCCGUUUUAGUCGCCUACAGAUUGAUCUUUGGUGCUGCUUGCAUUAUUCCGGUCGCAAUUGUUGUAGAAAGGAAAAAGAGGCCAAAGUUGACAUGGACGGUAGCCUUGUAUGGAUUUCUUUGUGGCUUAUUCGGGGGAUCACUGGGGCAAAAUCUAUACUUGAAAAGUCUUGUUCUCACUUCUGCUACUUUCAUCUCUGCCAUGACCAAUCUCAUUCCAGCUAUCACAUUCAUUAUAGCCAUUAGCUUGAGGUUAGAGAAGCUGGGAUGGAAUACAAUAGCAGGUAAAGCAAAGGUGUUUGGGACCUUAUUAGGCAUAGGUGGAGCAAUGGUGUUCACAUUUUACAAGGGCCCGGAAUUGCACAUCGGCAAAACAGGAAUUAACCUGUUAAAAAUGACAUCGUCUCGUGGACAAGCACAAACUCAGAAUCACCCUAAUCUUGUUGUUGGUUUACUCUUGUCCCUGGUCACUUGUCUCACCUAUUCACUCUGGUUGAUCAUUCAGGCUAAGGCUGCAGAAAAGUAUCCGUGCCCUUACUCUCUCACUGGUAUGAUGACAUUCUGGGGCUCAAUCCAGAGUGUUAUAUAUGCAAUUUGCGUAGAGAGGGACCGGAGCCAGUGGAUUCUGGGGUGGAAUAUUAGACUUCUUGCUGCACUUGUUGCGGGAGUUUUGGGCUCUGGAUUGAUGUUUACCUUAGUUGCAUGGUGUGUGAGAAUGAGAGGACCACUCUUUGUUUCCAUAUUCAACCCCCUUCUGCUUGUGAUCGUGGCAAUUGUAGGAAUCCUGUUCUUGGAUGAGAAGCUACACCUGGGAAUGAUAUUUGGAGCCAUCUUGAUCGUGUGUGGACUAUACAUAGUAUUGUGGGGGAAAAGUAAAGAAUCAAAGAAUGCGAAUCAGAUACUACCAGAGAGUCAAGAAAAUAGGCAGCAUGUGGAGACACUUCCGGUGACCCAUAAGGCUGGCUGCAGCAAGAAACAUGACGACGAAGAAGACCAAGAAGAAGAAGAAGAGAAAAGGGAUUCUCAGGCAAGCUCUCUAAGUGGUCUUUACAUGUAUCCAUAGAAGUAUUAUUGCCGGCAAAUGUAUGAGGAUGUUUUUGUUUCUUGGAGAGGCUCCCUAGUUCGAGUCCUGUUAGGAUUGAAGUUAAAUAUUUGGAAGGUAAAGAUUUUGAGUUGGCAAAAUUAAUAAUCCAUUCAGCUCGAGUA